AUGAAAGAGGAUAUCAAAGCUUUCGUCAGAGGAUUUGAUGAUAACACUUGGAAAGAAGAAAUCGAGAAACGUUUGUCUUUGGUUGAAGAAUCAAAUGUUCGCCUUUUGAAGGAAAACGAAGAUCUAUGGCGCGAAAACGGACAACUGAAACAAGACUUAAAAGUACUAAGAGAAAGUGUAGACAAAUGUGGAACUUUACGCAACAAGGAAAUAGUUAAAGAACUUUCAGAACACACUGUAGAGGAUAAAGAGACACUUUUUGAGCGAUCUACGAUUCAGAAUCAUGAGGAGAUGCCUAGUGGAAGAGUUCAACCUGUUGCUAGGAUAAUUCACCCGGACACGUAUCCUGUAUCUGCCGUGGCAUUCUACGGAUACCUAUCACAAAAAAGUGCUCCAAAUUUACCAGCACACCAUCUCAUUAUUUAUGACGCCGUGCAUAUAAACAGAGGCAACGGAUAUAACAAAGGCGAUGGAAUUUUCAUCGCACCCGUUACUGGCGUCUACGUCUUUCACUUCUCCUUAUGCAUAACCGAAGGUGAAAACUACCCAUGGGCCAGUCUAGAGAUUGCUGUCAAUGGUAUUGCUCUUGGGUCUACUUACGAAGAAGGUCUCAAGCCGGGUGAACCUGGUGGAUAUCAUUGUAGUAGCAAUUUAGUUAUUUCAGAAGUAAAUUCUGGUGACCAUGUUUUCAUCAGAACAACUUCAGCUACCCGAGGGGCCAUUAUCAGUGCUGCAUAUGGAAGAACGUCAUUUUCCGGUUGGUUAUUGUAG